ACUUCUAAUGCCACUCUCAAACACACAAAUCGCGCCAUUGCCUGUCAUAUGGAAAAUUCACGAAAUAAAAAAUUCCCCAGAGUAUUGGAAUUUUUAUUUCGGGCUAGUUCGCGUCGACCCUCCUUGCGCGUUGCAUGGUGCGUUUUCUUCUUAAUAGUGUUGCUCGAAAAAAAUAAUAUAAUUGCGGGUAAUUGUUGCAUGGCAAGUCCUCUUGUUGUUGUGUGAAAUCAUAGCGUAAUUUUGCAUUUAAAGAAAAAAAAACCAGAGUUGGGUUUUUUUUCUGCUCUGUGUAUUCGCUACUGCCCCAAAGAGACGGCUUGGACGUGUUGGACAUUAAUUGCAAUUUAACAUUGAACGAGAUGGCCUCGAAGUUUGUAGGUGAAACAAGACGUCGUAGUGAAGGUGAAGAGAAAGCUCUGGCCAUCAUACGACAAUCCCUCAAGACUAAUCGGAUGGAGCAUAGCGAAGGUACCCUGUUUGACGGUGGACGCAGGCAUAUUUUUGUCGUCUUUGGGAGUUCGGGGGAUUUGGCAAAGAAGAAAAUCUACCCCACACUGUGGUGGCUGUACCGCGAUGGCCUCCUGCCGGAACGAACGCAUUUCUUUGGCUAUGCCAGGAGUAAGUUGACUGUGGCUGAGCUCAAAGUCAAAUGUGCCCCGUACAUGAAGUGCCGGCCAGAUGAGGAGCAGCUCCUUGAGGAUUUUUGGCGUCUCAAUGAAUACGUUGCAGGAGGGUACGAUAAUGUCGAUGACUUCCGUCGACUCAAUGCUGCCAUGGCAAAAGUUGAGGAUGGAAAAUCCUCCAAUCGCCUGUACUAUCUCGCCCUACCACCCACUGUCUUCAACCCCGUCACAGUACACGUGAAGGAAACCUGCUUCGAUCGUCACGGCGAUGGGUGGGAUCGUGUCAUCAUUGAGAAGCCUUUCGGGCGCGAUGCAGCCACAUCGGAGGAGCUAAGCAAUCACCUGGCCCAGCUAUUCCGCGAAGAUCAAAUCUACCGCAUUGAUCACUACCUCGGCAAGGAGAUGGUGCAGAAUCUCAUGACAAUUCGCUUUGGGAAUCGCAUUUUCAGCCCAACAUGGAACAACAGCAAUGUUGCAUCGGUUCUCAUAACAUUCAAAGAACCCUUCGGGACUGAGGGUCGUGGGGGGUAUUUCGAUGAAUUCGGCAUAAUAAGGGAUGUCAUGCAGAAUCACCUGGUGCAGAUUCUCUCCCUUGUGGCCAUGGAGAAGCCCGUAUCAUGCCAUCCGGAUGACAUUCGCGAUGAGAAGGUGAAAGUUCUCAAAGCCAUCCCUGCAUUGAGUGUGGAUGACGUUGUUUUGGGGCAGUAUGUUGGGAAUCCCGAUGCCCCGGCGGGAGAUGAAGCCACCAAAGGGUACCUCGAUGAUCCAACAGUCCCACCGGGUUCCAAGACACCCACGUACGCCCUGGCGGUGCUACGAAUUAACAACGAACGAUGGGAUGGAGUUCCCUUCAUCCUACGCUGUGGGAAAGCCCUCAAUGAGCGCAAAGCCGAAGUACGGAUUCAGUAUCACGACGUUCCGGGAGAUAUUUUCGAGGGGAAGCCAAAGCGCAAUGAAUUGGUCAUUCGUGUGCAACCCGGUGAGGCUCUCUACGUGAAAAUGAUGACUAAAUCUCCGGGAAUUACAUUUGAUCUCGAAGAAACUGAACUAGACCUCACCUACACACAUCGCUACAAGGAGGUGACGCUGCCAGACGCGUACGAACGUCUCAUCUUGGACGUCUUCUGUGGCUCUCAGAUGCAUUUUGUCCGUUCUGAUGAACUCCGCGAAGCCUGGCGCAUCUUCACACCGCUCCUACAUGAAAUUGAGGCCAAUAAAUGCGAUCCAAUCCCAUACGUUUACGGCUCACGUGGACCCAAGGAGGCAGAUCUGAAGUGCAAAGAGAGUAACUUUAAGUACUACGGCUCCUACAAGUGGCACAAACUCUAAAUCCCACGCAUUUAACCAUUUUCACAGAUACAACAAAAAAGAAAUCUGGGCUAUUGGUGGGGCUAUAUAAUUUAUCUACAUUUAUACGAAACAAAUAAGCAAAAGACGAAUUUUUCGUGGUGUCAGGAAAUACUUUACAGAGAUAUUAAGAAUUUCUACAUUUUUUUCUACAAAAUAUUAUGUUUUUUAUAUGAAAAUUAUUAAUGAAAAGAAAAGAUCCCUUUUUUACAUUCCGUUUUGUGGAAGAAUUUUCUUACAACCACCUUAUUUAUUGUGUGUUGUGUGUAACAAAUUUGUUGAAGUGAGAUAAAGAACAAAAACUGAUAUUAAUGACAAGCAAUAAAGAUCAUUCCCUCGA